CGUGCGCACCAGCGUUCCGUCCGGAGCGCGCGCGAUCGAAACGCGGAAAGACAAAAGUCGGGGUAACGUAUUAUAUUCAUUGUAAUAAUAUAUCGUACUGCUUAAUGGGGUGACGGAGACGCGCGCCAUACAAAUUACGAUACGGCGUCGUCCGAUCUCCGCCCACCCGCCGUUAAAGUUCGAAAACUUUAUUGUUAUAAGGUCGCGUGCAGACGUCCGCCGACGACGACCGCGGCUGCAGCGGCUUUCGAUCGAUUGAUUUCUAUCCCGUAUCGUCGGCAAUCGGCGUAAUAUAUAUAAAAAAAAUGUGUGUGCGUAUGCCGCGUAGUAGGCGGUAGUGGGAGUGAGACGGAGAUAGAGUGAAAGAGAGAAGAAAAAACGAUAAGUUAAAAGGAAACGAAAAAAAAACACUCCGUCAACGUUAUGUUUAAUAGUUCCGAAUGGUCGGAACGGUUCAAAUACGUCAGAAGAAAAUUCGACACCGCCAACAACAGUGAAAAUCGCUCGUUCGUGCAGGUAAAACGAAACGCCGUUUAACUACUUUCAAUCCGACGUAAACAAUGUCAGCUGGAAAAGUGGAGUUCAUCGUUGUUUACAAGACGAGCGAAGAUGUAAUUUAUCAAAGCUCUGAACUCAACAAUCAUGGUCCGACCGUAAAGGGGUGGAGGUCUUCCAAAAACUGCGAAUACCCACAGAAAUUAAUACUUAAACUCCACGAAACUACUGUGAUCCAACAAAUUCAGAUACUUGCUCAUCAAUAUUUAAUUCCUAAUAAAAUUGAAAUAUGGAUCGGUCCAGAAGAAUGCGUGGAAACAGAUAAUUUAUCAACUCAAAAUUACGAAUAUUUAGGAUAUAUUACACUUAAUGAUAAUGAUGGCGGUUCAGUGAAAAGCAGAGAACUUAAAACUAUUACACUACCGUUGGCUAGUGCGACCAGUUAUGUCAAGUUGAUUUUGUACGAAAACCAUAAAAAUUCUUUUAAUCGUUACAAUCAGGUGAGCUUGAUAGGUAUACAAGUGACCGGUGAAAAACAACAUACAGAUCAAGGAAGUGUCACCCAUCACAGUUCAAUAUGUGAUGACUUGGCUUUUGAGAUGUAUGUGGAUAAACACAUUGCACAAAUUAUUCGAAUGCUAGAAAAUAGAAAGAUUAUAGCUGUUCAAGAUGAAAGAUUUGAGUAUGCGAGAAAAUUAAAAGGAGCAAUGACAGAAUUAAGGUCUGCCGGAGAAAAACUAGGAAAAUUAGAACUGUCAAAAACCCAGGCCAUACAAAAUGAAGACUACGGUAAAGCAAAGAAGAAAAAAACACAAAUGGAAGAGUACCGUGCACAGGUGAUGAUUGAAAAUCGGGUAGAUGACCUUUUGGAAAAAAAUGGGCCAUUAGAAAUUAAUGACGAUGAAUCUGAAGAUCUCGUUGACAAGACUCCAGGAUCCGUUGAUGAACCCAUUAAGUACGUGGCUUCACUGUCUCCAAUUGUUUCACCAAAACAAGUUCCGGUCAAGCCGAAUCAACAAGAAACUUUAACAGAAAAAAUUGAAGCCGAAGUGGCUGACGAACCAGACGUUUACCAUAGUCCAGUAUCGCCACUUCACUAUCCUGAAAAUAACUCUAGGGAAAGAUCGCCAAAGCUACAGCAUACGGUCGUUACGAAAGCAAUUUCGUUAAAAAGACCUAAGCCAAUCCGUCCAAAAUCCAGUAAAAGCAGCUACGAAGCGUACGAUGAACAAGCUAUUCCAGCUCAAAGAUUUUGCCAAACGCAAAAUAAUUCGGACUCUUCGUCGUCAUCGACGUUAGCCAGCGGUGUUGGAACGUCAAAGUUAAGCGACAGAGAUAAGAAACAGGCUUCUAUUCCAAUCGCAGUGUUUGGACUUACGAUGGUGAAACAUUUUUUUUCGAAACAAUAUUCAGACAAAGUCGAAGGGUUAAAAUUAAUGGAAAGUUCAAUGAAGAGUUUUAUGUUUGACGAAGUAGAUGUUCGGCACUCACCGAACAAAAUGACCCGGGCGGCUGUCCAGUUGUUACACCGAACGCUUAGGGACAAAGUUUUUGCCGUCUACAAUUUGUCUGCAGAAAUCAUAAGGUUCCUGUUUUCAGAAUUCAUCCCCGGGAGAGUUUCGACGGGUGAAGCUUCGCGAAGUCUUGAAACACUACUUCCGGAACUUUUGGCAAAAGCCGGAGACACAACACCGCGUAUUCAUAACAUAGCAACGCAUACAAUAUUAAGUGUAGCUGAAGUUCCCGAUAUAAGAAAACUAAAUAUCAUACCAACUCAUUUAACACGUUUACUAACCGGAAACAUACAUCCCAGACUGAUACUCAGCCGCUUGGAAAUGGUCGAACAACUGAUCGUCAGCCAAGGCGUAUCGUCCGACAAAAAUAGCGGGAUGACCUGUCGUAUUCUAUGCGAAUUUGGUAUGUCGGCCAUUCACCAUCCAACUGAAGCCGUACGUAAAGCUGCCGAGCGAAUUUUAGUGCACGUUUACAAGGUUAACCCUAGGUUUGUGAGAAAACAAUUGCCACCAGACGACGAGAUCACCAGGCGGAACAUCAUGUAUAGACAACUAAUGCAAGAAUUUGAACGUAUCGAUCAAGAAAGACUAGGAGAAAUAGAUACAGUUGGUCAAACACAAUGCAAGCUUGUGCGGUCAACUAGUGAAAAUACGUCGACUUAUCAUAAUAAUGAAAGUACCCAUAACACCACAAUUCAGAGCAAAUUAAGUUCCAGUACAUCAGCUAGCGUGGCUGAUGUUUACGAGAAUGGCCAAAACAAUAUCAAUGCGUUGAAAUUAAUCCGUUGUACAUUUUGCAAAGAAGAAUCUGCAUUUUCCGAAGAAGAAUUGAACAUACAUUAUUGGAAAUAUUGUCCAUUGUUGAUGCGCUGUGAAAACUGUUCUGAAGUUAUUGAGAUUAUGGCACUUCGACAUCAUCUCUUGAAAGACUGUGAUUUCAAAGACAAGUAUACAGCAUGCGAUAGGUGUUUAGAAGUGGUCGAGAUCGAAUUUCUAGAGCACCACAUUUCAGGGUCAACGUGUAAAAAAAGAAAUUCUGUCAGUAAUAUCUGUCCAUUGUGUUUGGAAGAAAUUGGAAGCGAUAAUCAAGAUUGGAAUAAACAUUUAGUCGGUCCGUCAGCAUGUGAAAUUCAUCCACGAAAAAAUUACCUUAAACGUCACUAAAUUAGAAACGAACUUAUUUAAAUGAAUACCUAUAUAUGCGUAUUUAUGAGUCGCUUUAUAUAGAGCAGACAUAAUAUUACAUCAAUUUUAUUAAAUAAAUGUUCAAUUAUUUAAUUGCCAAAAAUUAUAAUUUAACCGUCUUCACAAUCUUUGCCAAUAAUAAUAAUAUUAAUAAUAUCAAUAAGUUAAUUUUAGAAAAUGACUGAUUAUUAUUCAAGCAUUUAGUUUUUAUUAUUGAGUAAAUUGCAUAACUAAAUGUUAUAGCGGAUUUAUUUUUGUAUUUUACAAAUUUAUUAAAUUAUUAAUGUUGAUACAUAUAUACAGUGUAAUAUUUGUUACAUGUGCUUAAUGUGUUAUGCGUCAUACAAUGUUUUGUCUUUAUACUGUAUAUUACUUAUAUUAAAAAUCAAAUUCAAUGGUU